AAGAACGCAGUGAACAAGCGGUCAAAGAGUGAAUUUACCAUUUUAACGUUUUUAUUAGACUAGAAGGUAUGGGGGCCGGCUGAGGCCCGGCUAGGACCGGCGCCGGUCCCCCACACCGCCCCCCGGGGCUCGGCUCGGCACAACCGGCACCCCACAGCCGGGGUAGCCGGUCCUCUCUCCUCCUUCCUUCUCUCACAUACCUAUACAUACAUACAUAUAUACACAAAGGGGUUCAUCCCCCACCCCCUAGGUCCAUCCUCUCCAAGCCACUCCUACGUGGCGCCUACGUGACGGCUCAUCCCCUCCAAGCCCAUCCUCUCCAUAUCCUUUAGUCUUAUUGGUUUAUAUCAUUUUCUGAUUAUUUUAUUUGGUUAUAAAUAAAUUAGAUGGAAAUUUCUUAAAUGUGAUGAUAUUGCAGGGAACCACAUCUUGUCUCUCACAUCUCUUUAUGUACUACUCAUUCCAUUAGAUACCCAAAACAGAUCACAUAAAUCUUGCUUUUCUGUUGGUUGAAUUCCACUUAUCAUACAAAUUUGAAAUGGCCUCUUCAUCAGUUAUUCACUCAGAACCCACAUCCUCUUCUCGAUCAUGUAAACAUGACGUAUUUCUUAGUUUUAGAGGAGAAGACACUCGCAGAACAUUUGUAGAUCAUCUGUAUUCAGCUCUUAAACUUCGAUUAAUAAGCGUUUACAAGGACGAUGAAGCCCUUCCUCGGGGUGAGUUCAUCCGUCCAUCCCUCUUCAACGCUAUCGAAGAAUCACGGAUUGCCAUCAUAAUAUUUUCCAAACACUAUGCUGAUUCUUCAUGGUGUUUGGACGAGCUUGCACAUAUUAUGAAAUGCAAAGAAGAUGACGAGCUAGUCGUGAUUCCCAUUUUCUAUGACGUGGAUCCCUCAGAUGUGAGAAAACAACAGGGGGAUUUCGGAAUGGCAUUUGCCCAACAAGAAGCACAGAACAUUAACAAAGCUCUGUUGUGGAGAAACGCACUUAUUGAUGCAAGUAACCUUGCUGGAUGGGAACCCAAACAUGUUGCCAACGGGCAUGAGUCGAGAAUCAUCAAAGAAAUUGUUGAAACUAUUGUUCACAGAUUGUCCCCCUUAAAUUCAGAAGCUAAUGAAGAUCUUGUUGGGAUGACGACCCGCGUACAAUAUUUGAAAUCACAAUUAGAAAUUGGGUCAGAUGGUGUGCGCAUGGUUGGGAUAUGGGGGGUUGGUGGAGGUGGUAAGACUACUCUUGCAUCUUCGCUCUAUAUGGGAAUCUCUUCCUAUUUUGAAGGUCAUCACAUUAUUGAGAAUGUUCGGGAGGAAACAAGCAAAGAUGGUUUAAAAAAAUUGCAAGAAAAUAUUUUGUCAGCUUUUUCCAAAACAGAUGUGAAAGUACACAGUAUCGAUCUAGGAAAAACCAUGAUAAAAAGUAUGUUAUGUUGUAGAAAAGUGUUGCUAGUUCUUGAUGAUGUCGAUGACCUUAGCCAACUGGAAGCGUUAGCCGGAUCACAUAGUUGGUUUGGUAGUGGGAGCCGAGUACUAAUCACAACUAGAGAUGCACAUUUGCUAAGAACUCACAAGGUAGACGAGGUGUGUCAUGUUAGAUUAUUAUCAGAUGACGAGGCAAUGCAGCUCUUUAAUAAACAUGCAUAUAACAAAAAAGAACCGGUGGAAGAUUAUGAGACACUUUCGUUACGUGUGGUUUCUUAUGCUGCUGGGCUCCCAUUGGCACUUAAAGUUUUAGGUUCUUUUCUAUUCGACAAAGAUACGAAGGCGUGGAUGAGUACCUUGGAUAGACUAAAAGAUAUUCCAGAAACGGAGAUUGUGGAUAAGCUAAAAAUUAGCUAUGAUGGACUUAAAGUUGUGGAAAAAGUAUUAUUUUUAGAUAUUGCAUGUUUCUUCAGAAGGUGUAAGAAAGAUAUAGCAAUGGAAAUACUUGAAGCUUGUGAUUUGCACCCUGAAAUAGGGAUAGAGGUGUUGAGACAAAAAGCUCUCAUAAAUAUUGUGGAUGGUACGCUUGAUAUGCAUGAUCUAGUUCAAGAAAUGGGACAUUACAUUGUUAGAGGGAAACAUCCUAACAAUCCGAACAAACAUAGCAGAAUUUGGAAAAGUGAAGAUAUCAAUAACAUGUGUUUGGGGGACGCACCAAUGGAAAAUGACCAGAUUGAAGCCAUACAAUAUCAUGAUUCUGAACAUAGACAUGAUCUUCGGCAUAGAUUACAAUUUUGUAAAAUAGUUUCAAACUUAAAGAAACUAAGGUACCUUACGGUGUCGAUGACCGCUACGGAUGAGUAUGUCAAAGGGCCUACUUUUCUUUCAAAUGAGUUGCGGUAUAUUGCUUGUCGUGGGUAUCCUCUAAGUCCAUUUCCCGCCAGUUUCCAACCAAUGAAACUUGUUGUUCUAUGUCUGAAAGACAACUUUCAAAAAGAAGUUUGGAAGGGUUGUAAGCAUCUACCACAUUUGAAAGUUCUUGAACUCGUUGGGAUGAAGAAGCUAUUCAGAACACCGGAUUUUGAUGGACUCCCGUGUCUUCAAAAGUUGACACUCUUCGACUGUCCUAAGUUAGAAGAGAUUCACCAAUCACUUGGAAGUCAUAAAAGUCUUCAGCACGUAAAUGUACGUGGUUGUUCCAAGCUUAGAAUGUUUCCAACAAUUGUCCACAUGGAAAACCUCAAAACUCUAGAAAUAAGUAGUUGUCAUAAUAUUGUUGUGUUCCCGAAGAUUGUGAAGACAAGGCGUCAGUUUCUACGGAGCUUACCAAAGCUGGAUCUCUAUACAUGUCAUUUCAAAUAUGCAGAAAUCCCAUCUAGUAUUGCUGGGUUAUCAAACUUACAAGAGCUUAGUCUGGUGUUCAAUGAUUUUUCACGGUUAGAUUUCAGCCUCUCACAACUUACUCGACUCAAACUCCUCAACCUGUAUCAUUGUGAAAAGCUUCUUGAAUUGCCCGAGCUCCCAUCAAGUUUAACUAUUCUCAAAGCAGAGAACUGCAAGUCAAUUACAACUUUUGGAGAUUGUCACAAGAACUGUAGAUGCUUAUGUCAAGUGUCACUUAAGCAUGGGAGCAUCAUAAGUGAUAGUCAGAAAUUACUAGAAUCCAUGCUUGAGGUAUGUUUGGCUAUUGAAAACCACUAUAUGGUUCUGCAACUUACAGGUGCAAAGAUUGCAAAGGGGUUUACCCCUCUACUUAGAGAGAAUAAAUGUACCCUGCAACUACCAGAGAACUGGUGCAAUGACUAUUCUGGUUUCUUAAUGUGUGCCAUUUUGCCCAGUUUUUACAAUGGUCUAACUCUAACGAUAAGUAGGAGUGACGAGACGAAUGGUAUGGAUUCUCAAAAUGAUGUGUUUUGGGAGGAGAGUGAUGGUAACAGUGUUGAUAAAUGUACAUGGAUGGUGUAUGUUUCAUUUGGUUCAUUGAGACAAAGUGUAUGGUGGGAUCAAACAUACAAAGCUCUUUCCUUUAACAUUAGUGGGUGUUUAGGUUUUGGAGUUAGGCUCGUUGACAAGAAAAGGAGAAGUGGUAUAAAGGAAACACCAACAAUUUAUUCUUCUGGUUAUACACCUACCUUAAAUAUUCAACAUGACUCAUCGUCGGCCCUAAUGAUGUACUUUUCCGUGCCCUAUUCUUUGAAAGAUGUAAAAUAAACAAAGUGUAUCAAUGUCCACAUUUUACUUCCUCGUGUUUUAUACUUUUUACCAACAAAUCUGUUAUGGCUUUAGCAUGAAGUAUAUUGAUUUAA